AUGCUCCGCCGCACACCGACGACAUCGACGUCAAAUGUCGGUCAGAGCGGGCCAGGCCAUAACGUCUCGACGCGAGAGGCGCGACCGACAGGGAGGAUGCGCCCCCGACGUCGCGCGCGCGCGGCGCGACCGACGCCGACGCCGACGCCGACGCCGACGCCGACGCCCUCCUCGCGCGAUGACGAUCGCCCUCCCCCCGCCGCGUCGUCGUCGUCGUUCGCGUCGCUGCCGACGUCGCUCGCGCGUCGCUUCGUCGCGCUCGCCGCGUGGAAGCGAUUCGCGCUCAUCACGCUCGUCGUCGCCGGACCCUACGCGCUCUACGUCUCCUACCUGUGGAUCCGUCUGCAGUCGGGUCUGCUGCGCGCGCCCGUGCGCGUCGCGACCCCGCGCGCGGUCCUCAUCGUCGGCACGCAGUCCAGCGGCACCACGCAGAUGUCCGCGGAGCUCGGAAAGAUCGGACUCGAGGUCGCGCACGAGACGUCCGACGCGCAGUGGGAGUUCGCGAGAGACGGCACGAUCUCGUGGCUCCACGCGCUGCGGUUCAUGCCCGGCCGCGCGGACCUGGCGUUCACGACCGCGUUCUGCUCGCGGUUUCGCAGGAGCAUGGGGUUUCAUCCCGCGAUGUUUGGCCCGCCGGAGCUAGGGUGCUCGUAUCGAAAGACCUGGGACGACUGCUGGCGCACGCAGUGCGGCGUCAUCGCGCGGAGGGAGUGGGGGUGCGCCAGGAGCGGGAGCUGCGAGACGCCGUUCGAGACGUCGCUGCUGCAGCUCCGGCAUCCGCUUCGGACGAUGGAGAGCCUCGCGGCGAAGUUUUGCGGACGCGCCGUCAUGGUCGGCUCCGGUCUCUCGGCGCCGAAUCACCUCGCGAGACCGAACCCCGAAUUCAUCGAGAUCGUCGCCGCGUUGUGGCCCGAGCGCGACGACUGGCAUUCGCUCGCGUGCGCGGACGCGAUGGGAUGGUACGUCGCGCUGUACACCAGGGACAUGCUGAACGCGCGAGACGAGGGCGUCAUCGCAGAGGCGUACCGGGUCGAGGACACGCCGCCGUGCGCGGUGGCGAAGAUGUCGGGGUUGCUCCAGCGCUCCGAGCGCGCCGCCGCGAGAUGCGACGCGUAUUGGGCGAGCGUCGCCGCGAGCGGGGAGGAGGGCGCGCCGACGCGGAAGGGGAGGAAUCGUCGAAACAGAGACGGCAUAGUGCGACUCUCGAUGCGCGACGUCGAGUCGGAGGAGUUGCGAGCGCUCGUGACGGACGUCGCGAAUCGUUCGGGCUACGCGCUGUGA